AUGUCUAGCUGCGCAACAGUCUUCUUGUCAUUGCUCUUGUUAUUCUGUGUCAGGUCAUUUUUCGUCAUAUUUUCAUACAGGCGCAUCAAGCCUGCCUCGGCAAACCCCAGGCCUCCACAGACCUGCAGCAUUGCUAUUUUUCUUGGUUCAGGGGGGCAUACCAGUGAAGCAUUGAAGUUGGCUUCUGCGCUUGAUUUCGGUCGUUACUCUCCACGGACUUACAUAGUCAGUGAAGGCGAUGCGCUUAGCGUACAAAAAGCUUUUGCUUUGGAGCAUAUUAAGGCCGCGGACCAUGCUUUCUCCGACGACCAACCGCAGUAUGAGCUUCUGACCAUACCCCGUGCGCGUCGCGUGCAUCAGUCACUGCUUAGUACACCACCAGAUGCCAUCAGAUCAUUACUAGCUUGUAUGUAUCUCGUCUUAGUGCGCCCAUUGUUGAAGAAAGGGGCGUUCCAGCAACCAUUUGUGGAUCUUUUGAUCCUCAAUGGUCCGGGAACAUGUGUCAUUUUAUGCACGGCGCUUAUCGGACUACCUAGCCCACGGGUAAUGUACGUUGAGUCUUUCGCCCGUGUCAAGUCUCUGUCGCUUUCUGGAAAGCUGCUCUAUUAUUUUACCGAUUGCUUCAUAGUCCAGUGGCCAGAUCUGACGCAGCCCGGCAGUCGAAAAAUUUAUCGUGGAUGCCUUGUAUAA